UUAUCAGACUCUCAAGAUGGAGGGGUAGUGGCCAGGCGCUGUGAGGGGAGAUCUUCACCCAGAGGGCAAAGUCCAGGCUUCGCGCCCAGCCUGCCCAGUCCCUGCGGGCUGCUGGGGUGGGAGCUCACACUGCUUGUCCCCUCGGCACCCUUGGCUCUUGGGCAGGUGCCCCAAGGAGCAGCGUGGGGCUCAGCACGGUGGGUGUCCGUCCAGCCACCACAUAAAGAGACCUGUGCGUGGUGGUGGCAAAGGUGGAAGUAAUCCCCUAUCCCCAUGGCCAUGGCGGGCAGCGAGGAGGCAGGCAGGCCUGCUCCUGCCUGUGUGCUGGGCAUAGACCUGGGCACGACGUCGGUUAAGGCAGCCCUCUUGGUAGGGGCCGAGCGAGGGCAGGCGGUGGCAGAGAGCUGCUGCUCCAGGGAGACGCAGGCCCACACCAGUAGCCUGGAAGCUGGACCGCAGGGAAUGGAGCAGAAUGUCCAGAGAAUAAUAAGAGCAUUGAAUGAAUGCCUUGCUGCUCUACCUCAGCAGCAGCUUCAAAGAGUCAGUCACAUUGGCAUUUCAGGACAAAUGCACGGGAUUGUAUUUUGGAAAAAAGAUAAAGGUUGCAAGUGGACAGAGUGUGGUACAGGCCCUACCUUUGAGCCGGAGCAGGUCAGUCACCUGAUUACUUGGCAAGACAGCCGCUGCAGUCCCACCUUCCUCUCUUCCCUUCCUUUGCCGCAGUCACAUAUAAGCUUGGCUACAGGAUUUGGGUGUGCCACAGUCUACUGGUAUUUAAAGAAGAGUCCAGAUUUUCUGAAGUCUUAUGAUGCAGCUGGCACUAUCCAUGACUAUGUGGUUGCCAUGUUGUGUGACCUGAAGAAGCCACUCAUGUCCGUCCAGAAUGCUGCCAGCUGGGGAUAUUUUAAUUCCAGAAGCAAAAGCUGGAAUACUGACAUAUUGGAAAAAUCCGGCUUUCCUGUUCACUUGCUUCCAGAGGUGGGAGACCCUGGCAGUGUUGCAGGCAGGACAAUCUGUGCAUGGCAUGGAAUACCCAAAGGAGCAAAAGUAGGAAUUGCUCUGGGAGAUUUCCAGUGCUCUGUUUAUUCCUGUCUGACCGAGAGGACUGAUGCAGUUCUUAAUAUCAGUACCUCUGCUCAGCUGACUAUCUCAAUGCCCCUGGGUUUCCAGCCUCCAGAGACACCAGAUCCUUCCUCAGCUGUUACUUAUUUUCCCUACUUCAAUGGUGACUACUUGGCAGUGGCAGCAUCACUUAACGGAGGCAAUGUGCUCGCAGCGUUUGUGGACAUGGUGGCACGGUGGACAGAAGAGCUAGGACUUCAGGUUCAGGAGUCUGCCAUCUACACGAAGAUAAUCAAAGCAGCCUUGGCCCAAAAUGACAGCAAACUCUCAGUCCACCCAACCAUAUUUGGAGAGAGACACAUUCCUGAGCAAUUGGCAUCAGUGACCAAUAUUGCUGUCUCUGACCUCUCCCUGGGUCACGUAACCAGAGCUCUGUGCCGUGGCAUCGUUGAAAACCUCUGUUCCAUGUUACCUGUGCAGCGCCUGAUGGAGAUGGGAGUGAGGAGGAUUUUGGGGAGCGGGAGUGCCCUUGCCAGGAACGAGGUGCUGAGGCAGGAAGUGGAAAGGUUUCUUCCAUUCCCUGUGGUUUACGGGAAGGAUGUCGAUGCUGCUGUGGGGGCUGCCAUGGUGAUGUUCCACAGAAAAUAAAGUCAUUGUCUAGAACUGCC